CGAUAUACAAAACAUGUGCACAUGGAGGUGACAUGGCCACCUAAAUGCAUUGUUGGGGAUGCAUGCAUGUACUCUCCUUUAUAAUGGGCAUUUACACAUCAAGGAGGAGGACGGAAGAUGGAGGCCAAGGCAAAUCCCUACAACUCCUUACUAAUAUUCUUCUUCUCUUUAAGCUUGGAGCUCCAUUAAUGGCUCCAAGCUCCUACAAUGAUGUAUAUGUAAAUUCUCCCGAGAUUAAUAAAAGUUCUUCCCCUUUGGCAUGACACCACCUAAAAAGGCUCGUGGUUUUCUCCCGAUUUGGGUUUCCACGCUUCUUGCCUUCCUGUGAACGGGGGAGGCAGAUCGCAGUGAAGAGAUAGGAAGUCGGAGUCCUCAAGAAAUUCGACUGAGGAGAAGGGUGAAGAGAGAUGCUGUUUCAGGUGGGCGGGGAAGGGACUCGUCCCACCUUCUUCGAGAUGGCCGCCGCCCAGCAACUCCCCUCCAGUUUGCGCGCCGCUCUCACUUACUCCCUCGGCGUUUUGGCUCUGAGAAGACCCUUCUUCCACAAAAUUCUCGACUUCGAAGACGAAUUCUUCGCCCUGCUUAUGCUUGUCCUUGAAACCCACAGUUUACGGACCACUGAUGCUUCAUUUGCUGAGUCGUUGUAUGGAAUGAGGAGGAGAGGUGUUAAGAUACGAGUUAAGAAUGAUAAUGAACACUUGAAGUCCAGUGAUGGAAUAAUUCAUCAUUCUGGGUUGGAGAAGCGCCAGAAGAUUCUUUCCGUUGCAUUUCUCGUCAUAUUGCCAUAUCUUAGGUCAAAGCUGCAUGCAGUCUACAACAAAGAAAGAGAGACUGCACUUCAAGCUAGUUUAUGGGGUGAAGGUGAUGACGCGUUUGCCAACACGGACAAUCUUGACACUGGUGCAAAUUCUCGGGUUUCUGUAACAAGUAGCUCUGAUACAGAAGCAUCUGCAAGAGAACGAUUGAAAAAGAGAAUUUUGAAGUGCAUCGCUGUUUGCUACCCAUGGAUACAUGCAGGAAAUGAAGGGUUAUCAUUUGCUUACCAGCUGUUAUUUCUACUGAAUGCUACCGGGUUCUAUUCUCUAGGACUGCAUGCCUUGGGCAUUCAUGUUUGCCGAGCUACAGGACAAGAGUUGAUUGAUACUUCUUCUAGAAUUUCUAAGAUAAGAAAGCAUGAACGUGAGAGGCUCCGUGGCCCACCAUGGCUCAAGAAAAUACAAGGUGGAUUGCUUGGCUUUGCAUAUGCUGCUCUCGACUACGCUCAAACCGGACUAAUUGCCGCAGUAUUUUUCUUUAAAAUGAUGGAGUGGUGGUAUCAAUCAGCUGAAGAGCGAAUGUCGGCCCCAACCAUUUAUCCUCCUCCUCCGCCACCACCAGCCCCCAAGGUUGACAAAGAUGGCAUUCCUUUGCCCCCAAACAUGACACUUUGCCCUCUGUGCUCUCAGAAACGCGUUAACCCCUCGGUAGUCUCAGUUUCUGGAUUUGUCUUUUGUUAUCCCUGCAUAUUUAAAUAUGUCUCUCAGUACAAACGUUGUCCGGUAACACUCACUCCUGCUACAGUGGAUCAUAUAAGGAGACUUUUUCAUGAUGUAUGAACAUACAUGAUGUGAAUUCUGAAAAAUAUUGUUGAUUUCUUAAUGUAUGUGCAAAAAAGUAAAAAGGGCAUGGAAUAUAUGAUCAGAUAGCGUAAUUCUUUGGGGAAGAUUUUGGGAAGUUUUCAUUUGUACAAAGUAUGCCAAGUUCAUAGGCAUGAGAUAAAUUUUGGGAUUUAUAUGCAUACUAGGCAGUAGUAACUGCUGUAUUAGCCUUCAAAAAAACUGUUGUAUUAUU